AAGGACUUCAGAGACCCACCUUGGGAUCCAGACCCAUACAGCUACUCCAAAGAGUACUGGUCCAUACUGGCCUCAAACUGGCUUUUGUGAUAUUUUUUCAGAACUUCGCCAUGUUCCUCAGCAUGUUGGUUGCCUGGAUGAUCCCAGAUGUACCACGGUCCCUGCGGGAACAAUUGAAGAAAGAGAACAUGAUGCUGAUGGAGUUUCUGCUCAAUCAAGACCAAGAAACACGUGCCAAAUUUGACUCUCCGAGACGCUCCGCCCCCUGCUUCCCAACCACUAUAGACAUCGUGGUGGAGGAACCACCAGAUGAUGAAGAAGAAGAGGAGCAGCAAAAGGAAGAAGAAGAAGAAGAAGAAGAAGAGGAAGAUGUGGAGACCAGUCUGGAUGUAGCCAGAAGGACUUGUGACAGCGAUCCAGAGGAUGGAAAGAUGCCAGAUGAUAUUGGAGAAGAUGGACAAGAAGAGCGAGGGGAGGAGAAGGAGGAGAUGAGGUUAUAGAGGUAGAGGGUGAACAAAAUGACAAAGAUGGUGAGGUGAAUGGAGAGGAUGGAAAGGAAGAUCACAAGCAAGAGGAGGGAGAAGAAAAAGAGGAAGGGGAGAAAGAAAGGAGGAAGUAAAAGAAGUUGACGUGAUGCCAACUGGGGAUGAGAAUUUCACUUUGGAUCUGGACUCUCUCAUGAGCGAGAUGGGCCUGUUAGAUGAUGAACCUCAUCGAGCACAGCAACAUAUUCAGAGCUCCCUCGCUCAGCCUCCAAACAGGAAAUUCCGAAAGACCAGGAGCCUCCAUCACACCAUCAUCUAAUAGAGGCUCAACCCAGAGUCUCAAGGGCUCAAGGGCAGAACGUAUGACAUCAAGUGUUGACACUAGGCUCUUCUCACUAAUUGCUCCCCCUCCUCCCAGAGAGCCUGGCUCAAGGGCAAAGACCCGAUGCUCCACCCUGCCUUCCCGCCACAGAGGGGCUGAAGCUUGUUACAGCCUGCCACGACCCAGCCACUCCACAGCCUCACCAGGUUUCAGCAGCCGAUCACACUUGCCCCCCUUGUUCCUCUUGGCUCCUCAUUGUCAGCCUCAUCCGACCCAUUUUCUCCUCCACAAACACCGGUGUC